UCGGCCAGCGGCGGAGGAGAACGUCGAGCGGAGUCGACUAUGUGGGCAGCUUGCUGCAGCUGGUCGUGCCUCAAUGGACUCCCGGAGGAGAUGCAGGCCCACCCGCAGCAGGGGACUCGCACGCAGGCCUACUCCAACGCGGGCUACAGCUCCUUCCCUUCGCCCACGGGUUCCGAGCAGAGCUGCAAGGCCUGCGGGGCGCACUUCAACAACGCCUCCCUGAAGCACGUCUGCUUGGACUGCAAAAAGAACUUCUGCCCGGCCUGUUCGCAUCAGCCUGAAAGCGGCCCCUGCCUUUGUCUCCUCUGCGAGCGGUUCCGCGCCACGAACUUCCAGCGAGAGGAGCUGAUCAAGAUGAAGGUGAAGGACUUGCGGGACUACUUGGAGCUGCGGGAGAUCUCCACGGAGAUGUGUCGCGAGAAGGACGAGCUGGUGUUUCUGAUCAUCGGCCAGCAGCCCCCGUUCUCCCAGGGGGACAGGACUACUUGGGCGGCGCCAUUGACGACGGACCCCGCUGCGCCGCAGCCGGAUUUUGAGGCUGUGCUGCAAACCGGAUUGCCAGAGCCUACCUCAAUGGACGUCUCUCCCAUGUGGGACUCGCCAGAUCUGAUCUUGCAGACGGAGGAAACCCCGCAGGCAAAUGGGCAUGUGCCGCUGAGCCAAGAUGACAUGGCGGAAGUCGAGAACGCAGUCGAAGCAAUGACCGAGGAAGAGACGCAGUCCACCGACUCGGAGGAUACCUUGGUUUUGGGACGCAGGGCCUCGCUCUCUGACCUGACCAGCGUGCAAGACAUCGACGCCCUCUCGGUACGGCAGCUGAAGGAGAUCCUUGCCCGCAACUUUGUGAAUUACAAGGGCUGUUGUGAGAAGUGGGAGCUGAUGGAGAGGGUGACUCGCCUUUACCAAGAGAAGGACCUUCAGCAACUGGUUUCCGACACGGAUGAUCAAACCGCUUCGUCCGGUAACACCACGCUCCCCGGCUCGGAAGAGAACCUCUGCAAGGUCUGCAUGGACUCAGUUAUCGACUGCGUCCUCCUGGAGUGCGGGCAUAUGGUCACCUGCACGAAAUGCGGGAAGCGGAUGAACGAGUGCCCCAUCUGCCGGCAGUAUGUGAUCAGAGCCGUACACGUCUUCCGGUCUUAAGGAGCGCUGGCGGC